UCUGAAGUUUAUUGAUUUCGGGCUGGUGGCCUGCAAAAUGAAGAUGAACGCAGGAACAGUAAAUCCACAUCGUUAUAGGCUAACCCAUGAUUCUCAAAAUGAAGAACUAGACGCUUAUGAAAGAGUUUCCCCAAGGAAUUCCCCUAGAAGGACGACAAAUAAAUUAAAAUCUACUAGUAAAAUAAACUCAGAUUUAACAACAAAAAGUUUAGGUGAUGAACUUCAAGAAGCUGAUCCGCUUUGGAGGGCAGCAGAUUCUGAUUUAGAGAAAAGCACUUGCUCGACAUCAUCAGAGGAAAGUGAGAAGAAAGCACGAGCAGAAGCUUUCCUACCAGAAAAUUCACAAAAAUUCGAAUCAGAUGAUGCCUCAACUUUAAAUGGUAUUGAAGAACUCCAACCAACUCACAGAGGAUGCCAUAAAUUUAUUCCUAAGCAUGAAGACGAGCUUUUUAUAGAGAUAGGAGACUCUUUACACGUUCAGGAAGAAGAUAAAGACCUUUGGUGCGUCGGUAUAAAUUUAACAACUGGAAAGAAAGGUAUAUUUCCUGCAGCUUACGUCACAGAUCUCAGUUUGUUGUAUGGUAAGCUUUCAAAAAUACUGUAAAUUAAUAAAUAAACAUUAAUAUACAACUUAUACAUAUAAAUAUAUAAAGUGAAUAUUUACAUUCCAGAUGGUUCAUCAAUCAAAUCCAGGGCGUUUCUUCUGCAGUAUUAUGGUUCAGUUGAGGUGAAGCAGCACCGCGGAACAAAUAUCUUAAGAGAAUCGAUUCUUCAGGUUGUAGCUAUUAGGAAGGAAAUGAACUCAAAGCCGUCUAAUUGUAAGCUGAUUGUCAAUGAAAACGGCAUCCGAAUGCUUAAUUUAGAUAAAAGGGCAGGAUCAACUCCUCCUGAAUCUCCAAGCGACGUUCGUCGCCGCUUAGAAAGAUUACUUAGCAAAGUUCGCGGAGAUAGUGAAGAGCAUUUAUAUUCUCUGAAGAAUUUAUCAUUUUGUGGAUGCUUACCUGAAAAUGACCGCUAUUUCGCUUUCAUCACAAAACAUCCUUUAGAACAUAAAUUUGCUUGCCACGUCUUCCACGGAGAAGACUCAACGAAUUGCGUUGCCGAUUCAAUAGGUGAUGCCUUUAAAAAGUACUAUCAACAAUAUAUGACUUAUGCACAUCCGACCGAAGAUAUUUACAUCGAAUAACGUUAGAAGGAAAAUAUUAUGACUUCAAACAAUUAACCAAUUUUGCUGAUCUAUCUUCUACUUCCAUUUUCAACGCUUUUACUCUUUUUUGCUGCCUUUCAAUUCUCUUGCUUACGGCUCUAUUUAUACAUUCUAUUAUUUAUUCAUUUUUUAAUUAUAUACUAUGUUUUGUUUACAUUUUGAUUACAGCUUAUUGCAAUUCUAAUCAAUUGAAA